GUGUUGGCACAUGUUCGUGUGAGCUUUGCGUCUUUGGAGAUUAUGUUUUUUUUUGGAUGUUUGCUUGUGUGGGUGUGAGAUAUAUGUGCUAUGACAUGGAAAAGAGGAUAUAUCUAUAGAUAGAGAGCCGAGAGAACUUGGUAGGUAGGGAGGAGUGGGCGUGCGACUUAGCGGGGCCUUGGGUGGGCAGAGCUAAGGAGGAUCUCGCGAUGGCUAAUCAGCAUGUUGAUGGAUUAGAUAAGCUGGUGACGUUCCUUGCCAAACGCGACGGCAUCGAUAAACUAGUGAAGACAUUCCAGUAUGUGGGAAAGUUGAUGCAUCUUUAUGCGCAGCAUCGACACCCGGACGUCGCCGACCGGUUCAAGAAACUCGAGCUCGCUUCAGGGAUUGCGCGGAAAGCGUUCCGCUCCGGGCGGUUCCUUACGGGGUUCAAUUGUCUGCGGAAAACUACCUAUCCUGACUGGAAAGUCUGCGGGCUCGCCAUUCUCGCAAAUGCCGGCGAGAUGAUUUAUUUCUUCUUUGACCACAUCACAUUCUUUUCACGAGUCGGUUUCCUCAAUCCCGCACUGGCCCCGCGUUCAUGUUUCUACUCGGCGUUCGGCGAGGGGUUCGGGUACAUCUUCGCCAUGAUGGCCGAUUCGAUCUUUAUAUCUCGAGGACUCUCCGAGGAGCGUCGGGUAAGGGAUAAGAUUCGCCAACUGGAAAGGGAAGACCCUGGCAAUCCUUCCUCGACGGAGAUGCACAAAGCGAGGGCCAGGAUUUCCCAACUGCGAAUGGAUCGUGUGAUGCGUCUCUGCUCAAUUGCGGCUUGCGCGGCAGAUCUGAUCAUCGCUAUCAACGACGUCGAACCAAACCCCUUCGUCUCGCAUCCAUUGACGCUUGGCGUGAGUGGGCUGGUAUCUGCAUGGGCAGGCUGGUACAGACUGUGGCCAGGAGUUUGACAAGCCAGGAGGACCACAGAAGGUAAGGGACAGACACUAGGAACGUGGAACUGCAGACCAGGUACUGAGAACUCAGAACUAGGUACUGGGAACGUGGAACUGAGGACCAAGUACUGGACACAUGGAACUGGGAACCAGGUACUAGGAACUCGGACGUGGGAACCAGUUACUGGGAACUUAGAACUGGGGACCAGGUACUGGGAACUUAGAACUGGGGACCAAGUACUGGGAACAUGGAACUGGUACAGACUGUGGCCAGGAGUUUGACAAGCCAGGGGGACCACAGAAGUGAAGGAACGGACAGUGGCCCAGUGGGAAGUUGGAACUGAGGACCAGGUACUGGGAAUGUGGAACUGAGGACUAGUUGUCAUUGGGAACUUGGAACUGGGGACCAGGUACUGGGAACGUGGAACUGGGGACCAGGUACACCUGGUAUCUGCAGGGGCGAGCUGGUAAAGACUGUUGCCACAGACUUAAAAACGGACACUGGGAACUUGGAAAUGAGGAACUUGGAACUGAGAACUGCGGACCAGGUACUGCGAACUUACAACUGGGAACCAGGUGUACUGGGAACCUGGUACUGAGGACCAGGUCUGGGAACUUGGAACUGGGGACUGGGAACGUGGACCUGAAGACCAGGUACCAAGAACUUGGAACCAGGGACUGAGAACUUAGGAUGUGGGACAAAAAACUCGCAAUGAGGGACUGCAAACUUGGAACUUGGAACUGAGACCUGGGAACUUCAGGCUCAGGACCGAGAACUUGGAACUGAGGAACAGGGACAUGGAACUAAAAAAUUGAGGACUAGGAAGUAGUAGGAACUAAGAAGCCAGAACUACCUAGGAACCUGGAAUAGGGACUAGGAACUUGGAACUGAGGACUGGAGAGUGGGAAUUUGGAACUUGGAACUUGGAACUGAAGACUGAGAACUUGGGACCAGGGACUGGUAACUUGGAACUGAAGACUUGGGACCAGGGACUUGGAACUUGGAACUUGGACUUGUAACCUACUGAGGACGGGGAACUUGCAACAGAGGAGGAAAAGGGGAUGGGAAUGAGGGACCGGACGCUUGGAACUUGGAAUUGUGGACUGGGAGAGGAACUUGGGACUAGGGACAGGGAACUUCGCACAGAGGACACGGAACUUGGGAACACGGCCUAGGAAAUUGGGACUGAGGUCUUACGAUGAGAAGACGAGGGAAGUUGGAAACUUGGGAUUUUGAGUUGCAGAUUGGGAUCAUGGACAUUGCUGGUUCUAGAACCUCGCGAUCUGGUUAAAGGAUUUGGACCUUGGAACGAGGAGGAAAUUGGGGGACUUGGCAGUCGAGCAAAAAUGCAAGCCUCCAGAUUUUGGCCCUUAGAACUGGGGGCUUGCAGCUGCGGAGUGGGAACUUGGAACUGAGAACGCCAAACUCAGAGAUCAGGAACUUGGAACUUGGCACAGGAGCUUGGAGCUGAGAACUGGGAUCCGCAACUUGGGACUAGCAACUGGACCAGGGACUGGACCUGGAACUUGGGACUAGCCACUGGACCACCAGGACCUUGGGACUAGCAACUGGACCAGAACCUUGGCACUACUGACUGGACCAGGCACUGGCACUACCAACUGGACCAGGCACUGGACCAGGAACUUGGCACUAGCGAUUGGACCAGGAACUUGGCCCUACCAACUGGACCAGGAACUUGGCACUAGCGACUGGACCAGGAACUUGGCACUAGCUACUGGACCAGGAACUUGGCACUAGCUACAGCCUACUGGACCAGGAACUUGGAAUGCACAACUUGGAACUGGCAAAUGUACUUGGACCUUGGCACUGCCAGUAGGAGCUUGAAAAUCGGGACUGGGGAUUUGGGAAUCGGGGAAAAGUUAGCGCACUGCUAUUUUGGGAAAGUGCACAUAGAGUUUGAAACUAGUAGUGACUGGAAAGAGAGCAGCUGAGCGUCAGAACGUGGGACACUGAGACGUGAGCCUGAGCAGU